AUGACGUAUCCCCAGCCAGAUGUUCUGACACCCUCUGGGAAAGAUGUCCUUGUCAUGACCCCUCGGCUGGCUCCCAUCCUCUGGGAGGGGAUUUUAAAAACUGACAUCCUGAAUGAGCAGUUCCAGCUCCAGAAUGCCACCAUUGGAUUCAUCACGUUUCCUGCUAAAAAACCCAAAACCCACCUGAAGGUAUUGCGAACUGCAGAGAUGUACUUCAUGGCGGGACACAGGAUGAACUACUACGUCUUCACUGACCAGCCAGACUACGUUCCUCAUAUGAACAUCCAAAAAGGUGGGCAGACAGUCAUCCUCAAGGUCCAGAGCCAUGCCCACUGGGAGGACAUCUCCACUCACCGCACGGAGAUAAUCAAUUUUCCCCAGCAACGCUUCCACCAGGAAGCAGAUUACCUUGUGUGUGUGGAUGCGGACAUGAAGUUCAGCGACCACACGGGCGUGGAGAUCCUCUCCUCCUUGUUCCGCACCCUGCAUCCUGGCUACCAUGGGCUCAGUCGGACCCACUUCCCCUAUGAACGUUGGCCUCAGUCACAAGCCCAUGUUCCUGAAGAUGAGGGGGACUUUCAUUACACAGGGGUUUUUGGGGGGUCAGUGCCAGAGGUUUACAGGCUCAGCAAGGCCCGCCACAAGGCACAAAUAGCCGACCAAGCCAACCACAUCAAAGCUGCGAGGCAUGGUGAGAGCCACCGGAAUGAGUAUCUGCUUUACCACAAACCCUCCAAGGUCCUCUGCCCUGAGUACCUGGGGAAUCACAACAUGCUGCACAAUACCUGGGAUCAGCAGAGAGGGCACCAGCAGUUUUUGCCACAGCCGUGCCACCCUGGAACCCUCGGGGAGGGCAUCGCUGCUGCAGGUCCUUCCCUGAGGGAGCUGCUAUUACGCUACCCCGGGACCAGGGCUACCAGCCCCCCCACCCCCCACCUGCGUGUGCCCUGGAUCCCAGAGCCAUGGCUUCUGGGGGUGUGCCGACACUUCAGAUCUCAGAUGCAUAGCUUCUCCACGUGUGCCCACAUCUUGGGCAGGAGAGCUACUGCUGCUUCAGACCAUCCAACGCCCAAAGCCACUGUUGCUCCACUGGUACAUGGGCUCCAGUCCCUGGCUCUGUGGCUGCUCUGCACAUGCCUGUGCCUCAGACACCGGAACCACUGCAUCUGUAGGCUAGCCAGUUCCCAAGACCCCAGAGACAUUGUUGCUCUGUGA